AUGUCCCCGUUAGACUUUACAAAGCUACAGCCAUACGAAUUUGAACCUCUUGUGUCUGACGAGGAUGAAGUUAGUAACGGUGUAGAAAAUGUUGAGGUUUCUUUUACUGACGCAGAGUCACGUACGGGUAAUGCAAAUUGGUGUGAAUGUGGAAAUUUUAGAGCAAUGGAAACUAAUACUGAAAGCGUGUGCUGCGUUGAGUCAAACGAAAUUCCUGAUGAGUUCUUCCAAGGUCAUAAAUGCGUUACAGAAGGUGCUGAUUUUCAAGUGGUUGUUUUGACAAAGGCUGUUUUAGAAACUGCGUUAUCUGCAUUGCAUGAUUUGAGAGGAGACACUUUAGAAUUGAAAAAUGAUUCACUUGGUGGAUACACAGUCGAUUGGAAAAAGGGGUGA